UGAACGGGGUGCAGUGGUUCAAAAACAUCAUCCUCGGGCGCAGGACGACGAUGGCCAAGAAGAUCGAAGAGAGCUCAAGCGGGGAGAGCGGUAGCGAAAGCGAGAGCGGGUCGGGCUCCGGCUCGGGCAGCGACUCGGGCUCGGGCAGCGGCAGUGGGUCCGGCUCCGACAGCGACAGCGACAGCGGGUCGGGCUCCGGGUCGGGUUCCGACUCGGGCUCCGGCUCGGGUAGCGACAGCGGAAGUGACAGCGAAGGCGAGAAAAAGAAGGACAAGUCGCCCGCCAAGGCCAAGAAAGAGCCUGCGAAGGCAGCUGCGAAGAAGUCGCCACAGAAGGCCAAGGCGAAGAAGGCCGCGGGAAAGGCUGACGCGGCAGUCGACGAAUCCAAGAUGGAAGAGAUCGACCCCGAGAAGCUCAAGGGUCUCAACGAAGUCGAGAAGGAAGCGCUCAUCUUGGAGCACUACGAGUCGCAGACGCAAAAGUCCAAGGAGAUCGCGCUCAAGCGCAAGCUCGAGAGUGAGAAGGAAGCCCUUGACGACGACAACGAAGCGAUCUCGAACCGACGACUGCGCAACCGCGAUACCGACCGUCGCAAGGAGGCUCUCUCGAACUUAAAGCAGAUCAAGCAGACGGAGAAGGGCGGCAAGUCAAUCCUUCGCAACCGCUUCAAGGACGACGACGAAGACGACGACGGGUUCCGCUCGGACGGGUCGGACGCUGGCCGCGAGAUUGCGGAGAAGCGACGCCGUCGUAAGGAGCUGCAGCAGACGGGCAGCCACAAGGACGAGUCGCGGUCCUCGGACAAGAAGGCGUCCAAGAAGGCGUCGACGGACGAGGUCAAGCUCCAGGAGAUUGACGUCUCGGGCCCCAUCGACCUCAAAUAUGCCAACUCGUGCCUCCACAAGCGCCGCCAGUUUUUCGAGAAGCACUACUUUGAGCCAUACUUUGAGAAGAUCAUCAAGGGCGUCUACUGCAAGGUGGCGCUUGCGGGCGAGGACGACGAGCGCGUGUACCGUUUCUGCCAAGUGCAGCACACGUGCAAGAUGGACAAGGAGUACAUGUUCAUGGGCGAGGCGACCAAGACGGGCGUCAUGCUCGCGUACGGCAAGGACACGCGCGCGUGGCGCCUCGACCUCAUCUCGAACCACUCGGUGACCGAGCGCGAGUUCCUCCUCUGGAAGUACACGGUGCAAAAGGUGAACCUCCCGAUCAUGACGCAGAUGCAAGCCAAGAAGUUCUACGCGGUCAACAAGGCAAUCGCGACGAUGCACAAGUACAAUGACGAGCAGGUGACGACGAUGGUGACGCGCAAGAAGGCGGCGGGUCAGACCAAGGUCGCCCUCGGCGUCGAGCGUGUCCGCCUCGAACGCGACGUCAAGGCCGCCAAGAACAGCAACGACUUUGAGAAGGCGCUGGCUCUUGAGGACCGCCUCAACAAGGUCUUGGCCGAAAACAAGAGCCGUCUCGCGGUCAAGGCCGACGAGGUCCAGCGCAUCAACGAGAUCAACAAGCGGAACCGCGAGAUCAACCAGCGCCGUGACUUGGACGCUGCGGUCACCAAUCAGCAGCAGAUGGACAACAUGACGGCGGCGCAAAAGCUGCAGUAUGUCCGCGCGACGGCGUCCCGACGCAUGUUCAUGUCGCGCGACAAGAUGGAGAAGAACCUUGCCGACGGCAAGCUCCUUCGCAUGCCCGAUGGUCGCAUCAUGACCGUCAACAAGCUCCAGGAGGUCGAGGCGCUCCCGGAUGACAUGAUCCCGGAAACGAAGGCCAAGAAGCAAGACGGCGGCCACGCCGAGCUUGUCGAGAAGAUCAAGGAGCGUCAGGCGCGCGCGCUCGAAGACGAGUCCAAGCCCGACGAGGCGAUGGCGAACGACAUUGAGUUUGUCGAUGGCCAGCCCGUUGACGUCACAGAUGUGGCCAACCUCACGAUUCGCUACAAGGACGACGACGGGACGUGGACGACGAUGCGGCCGGCCGCUGAGAUUCUCAAGGAGAAGGAGGCCAAGAUCCGCCCUGUGAUUCCGGAAGCCGAGAAGGUCCAGCGCAAGGGCCUCACGAUGAAAGAGUAUUUUGAACGCGUCAAGCGCCGUGCAGCCGAAGACGGCCAAGGCGACAACAAGCACCCGCGGCACAGUUAGACGCCUUGACUCUGCCACAUAUUCUGCAUUGCACCAUAGCGUCUAUCAUCUAAUGCGCUUGGUCUGUAUUGUUGCCUGUCGAUACACCCGUCGUGGAAUCGAAAGCACGUCGACGUGAUCGACUUUCUCG